UAUAGAAAGAAUAAGCUUCGUAUAUAAGAUUAUGUUAUAAAAUAACUGCGAACCAACAACAAAUCCAAAGCUUUCGAGCAAAUUUAUUACAGAUUUUGUUAUGUUUUUUAUUAAUAAAUCUCAAUAAACUUACCCAUUUUGAAAACCUUGCGUUAAACUCAUCGAGUGUCUUCUUUGAAAUAAAUUGUCUUAUUUUUUUUUAAAUUUCAAUAAUUUUCACAUCUCUUCAUACAGAAGGAAUUGUUACAACAGAUAUUUGCUGAGAUGGUGUAAUUUUAUUCUAGUUUUCAGAUAAUACUCACAAUAAUUUAUGACUCUGCUAAAACUUGUUGUUGAUGAAAAACCUUAUCUUUGUGAGUCAAACUCGAAACAAUCAGUUCCCAUUUUUGGUUCAUAUUCUGACAGUAUUACAUUGGCUCCAUCAUAUUUGAUCUAUCUGUUUUACAUACAAUAAGGGCCUUUCUACCUAAAAAACAAGCUUCAACUACCUCAGCUGGUUCCUUGUGAGACUGAACCAAUAUCUACAAACGCCAUAAGAGCCCCUGACAAAUGGCAAGUUCUCAUCCAUCUUUCUAUGCUACUGAGUCGUUACCCAAGUGUCGCAGAUGCGGCCAAGACUUCCCAGGUGAUAUUGCGAAGGAGCUUCCCUGUGGUCACGGUAUCUGCGUGCCAUGCAGCAAAGCUCUAACACAGGCAAAGGAGAAAUGUCCAGUGCUGGAAUGCUGCAGCCAUAACGCCAAAAUCAUUCAUAAUAUCAGGGUGGGAGAUUUGCCUACGAGACCAGUUGCGGCUUUAAACAAGAAUUCAGUUGUAACUUCAGCACCAGAAUACGUGCAUCUGCCAUUGCAACUAGAAAGACGUCCUUCUGUUGCCUCUGAGGCUUCAUAUGCAACCAUGGUCUCCUCAACGUCUUCAAUUUACUCCCAUUCCCAUUCCGAAUUCCACUCGGUGACAUAUUGCUUCAAACAUUCCAGUUUUACUCUGCGAUACUACUGCGAAACGUGCAAACAAGCUCUCUGCGAAGACUGCUGGGCAGAAGAUCAUCGUGACAAAACAAAACAUUUGGUUGUGUUAAUGAAAGUGUUUUUGGAACCCCAAAUAGAAGUGCAAACAAGAUUAGCGGAGUACAAAGCUGAAUGUCAGAGCAUGGCCAAACUUUGUGAAGGUGGCUGCACUUCAAUUUUAACACAGGCUUCUACCGCCGAGAAAAAGCAGUCUAAUGUUAUGAAAUCCAAAUCAGCUAAUGAACUCGAAACAAAAUCAAAAGAAUUGCGGGAGCUUUUGCGCGUUCAUUUGAAUGAUAUGAAAGAAUUUAAGUCCAAGAUUUUGAUGAAAUUUGAUGACCUCGAGGCGAAGUUGAGAGCCAUUUUGAAUGACAGUGUCGAAAGCGAGGGCGGAAGGAUCUCCGAGGGUAGCAGCUCUUCCACAAUUGGAGAUGACGCCCAUAGUUCGAGUGAAACGGAAGAUUUAAUUGGUGGAUUGGAGAGACUUGUUGUAUCGAGAGGAGCGGUUGAAGGAGAAAGUGGCAGAGAAGAUGUUCCCUCUGUUGGUGGGGAGAGAGAAGUUGUUGUGAGGAAAAAAAGGACUUUGGUGGGAGUGGAAGAGAAGGCAGUGGGAAAGUUUUAUUUUCCGUUUCCGCUGGGACAAGCAGUGUAUAACACAGAGACGAAAAAUGUGAUUAAUUUAGGCUUUGAUUGGAAUUCAGAUACUUUUGUAAUCAGAGUGUAUAUAUCAAAUGAAUCAAGUGGGCUGUUUGAACUAAAAAGAACUAUGACCUGGACUGCACUAAGAGGAGAAGAAGAUCAAUUAUUGUCGAUUGCAAUGGACAGUAACAAAGUACUGUACGGGUGGAUAGUGCGGGAGAGUGACAGAGUGAAUCGAGUGGAGAUAUUGGACCAGAAUACAUUUGAGAAGAAAGGACAACUAGACACAGAUGGAAUUGAAAACGGAAGAGAAAUUGGUUGGGCGGUAACUGCUUUGGGUCAGACUGUGGUUGUAGCUGUAUUUGAUCGUAGCAAUUCAGACAGGAAAUGGACAAGCGUGACUGUGUUUAAUAACCAGCAAAGACAGCACACUGUAUCGCUUGAUAUUGCAGUUGUCGGUGAUGUGUAUUACGCUAGUUCUAUCUUGGCAAACGAAAUUUCUCUGCUGCUCUCUUGUGGCAUCAAAACCAACAGAGUAGCAGUGGUCUCGCUCCAACCACUAUCAUCAGAUUCAACAGGUGGCUCAAAAUCACAAACAAAAGCAAAACCAUCAUCACCAAAAAAUUCCCUAGCAGAUAAAACCAAAGCAAGAACGUCAACAACUACAACAUUAAAGCCACAGUCUGUGAUCUAUAUAAUCUUGUCCGAAGUAAUGGCGGCUUAUACUUUCGUUUGGAUGCCAUCAGACAGAAUCCAUUCACCAGCAUACUUGUUAGCUGGACACUUGUGGGUGACAGAGAGACACACUUAUACAUCCCGUGUGUAUGAACUGGAUAUUAAGAACAAUCUGUCCCAGUCAGAAACAAAAAAUGAAAUUACACUUCACUCAAUGUCUAAUAUUGCACCCUUAGAAAACACAGUACUUUUAUGCCGUAUCGAUGGCGAAACACUUUUUGCAAUGAAUAUAUGCAAAAAUGUUUCUCUGCUUCACUUAAACUACCAAACAGCUCCAUAGUUUGACGUAAUUUGCUCAUUUGACAAUGAUUUUGACGCCAUUUUUCGUGUUCUUUUCAUUGAACCAAUUUUAGUUAUGCGAUUACUUGAGACAACAAUUUUUUGCUUUGAGACGUAUUUAUACCAAAACUAGAUUAUAUUAGUUUAUAUUAUACUAAAACAGUACUUUUGCCUUCCGCUCGUUGUUACUUCUGUUGAAUUUACACUUAUCAUUGGCUCUAUCUCAGUUGAAAACAAAUCGCUUCGGAUGGGAUUUUACAUUAUUGGUGUAUCAGAUAAAAACAUCACCAGGCUCACCUCUUUGAAAGGUCAAGAGAUCUUUAUGAUUCCACCGAUUAACCCUAAAUAUGCAUAUGUCCCUCGCUCGAAAAAGCAAGUAUCGAAGACGAGUCCGACAACUUUUGUGAAAAGUUUAAAAAAGCAACGACACAAAUAAUGUAUACGUCCUUUCCGCAAGAUUGACCUCUCAUUUUUUGUAAAUCUAAUAAAGACUCGAAGCCAAACGAAAUCAGACCGAGAGUCACUGCUUGUUGGUGCACUUCUACUUAGUGAUGCGAUAUCUCCUUUAAAAACUUCUCAAAAAAUUGAAUAUUCUUUACGCUAAACUUUACCGGUUUCUUAUUUUCCUAUUUUUAUUAUUUGACUCGAUUCGUAAUUUUCAUCUACCAAAAACUAUUCGAGUUAAAUGUUCAUUUACAGAGCUGCAGCUUGGUUCAGAGAAUGGCAAAUUUCUUCCAAAUUGAGUGAUUUCUGAUGAACUUUUACCAAUGGCAAAAUAGUCGUUUUCAGUUGGUCGAAUCCGUUAGAAAAAACUGUCACAUAUAUCACUUUAUAUCUUUUCACACUUCUUUUUAUUGUUUUACCUAAGAUGAUUGCAUUGUGUACCCGGACAAGAUUUUACCUGUUCCAAGGAAAACUGAGAACUGAGAUCCCAAAUUUAGAUUUGAAGAGUAUUUCAGAGAACUCUCCAUAUAAUGAUACGCUUACUGGUGUAUUGAAUUCUGUGUAAUUAGAAAAAUGACUUUAUCUAAGCCCUGUUCUAAACUCAAUUUUUUGUGGAACUAAUAUUUCCAGAAUCAAGACUCGAAUGAUCGAUAUGCAGUCUCUCGUUGCGGCGACAAAUAACAUGCUGCUGCAAACUUACAGGCUGUUCAGCCCCUUACGCCAAAUUCUUUUGCCUGUAUUUUCUCUUGAUCUUAUUUUCGAACCGCAUUUAUACUUAUUGCCAGUUUCAGAUGAUUUAUUUCAAGACCAGUGGUAUUUUCAAAAUCAAAUGAUGCUUUCGACGAAGAUAUUUCGAUUUACCGACAAAAAUGAAACUACCAGAACCAUUGUCGCAGAAUAGUUCUAUAAUAAUUUGGAAUAUAUGGCUGAUAAACUGAUAUGCAAACUGAACAAACUAUAUCUCCAGACCACCGGAGUUCCCGAUUUCGACUCUAGAAUCAACAAAAUUAUGAAUUAAGAAUUGCGUAGAUAAUGUUGAACCAAUUCGUGUGCUGAAAAUAAGCUUUGUUUAAAAUUGAUUUUUGUACCCAGAAUUGAGGUUUUGCGAUUAGA